AUGGGUACCACUGAAAAGCUCUUGGGUGUGGCUAUUGUUUUUGCUCUGACCACAACUUGCACGUGCAUAAGGUCACAGUACUCAAGCCUGGGUGCACGGUUGAAGGUAGAUGAUGAUGUUCAUGUUGGUGAGUCUCCAAACUGCUGGGAGUCGUUGUUUCAGUUGCAAGCAUGCACUGGCGAGGUCGUAAUGUUCUUCCUAAAUGGGGAGACAUAUUUGGGCCCAAGCUGCUGCCAAGCCAUUAGGGUUGUGGGCCAUGACUGUUGGCCUGAUAUGCUUGCCUCUCUUGGCUUCACCACACAAGAGGGUGAUAUUCUGCAAGGUUAUUGUGACACUAAAGAACAACAUUCCCCUCCAUCUCCACCUUCACCAACUGCUGUUGCUGUUGAUAAUGCUACCAAAGUGCUUCCUUGA